AUGGCUUGGGCGGUGUUCUUCUCGUUGCUGCUGACCCACUCGGCUGGCACAGGCAAGUCCGAGAUGGGCACGGCCCACUUCCUGGACGGCUACCCGAAGGCGCGAUGCUUGGACGGAAGCCCUGCUGUCUACUACAUGAGCAAGGGGUCGGGUGCAGGGGAGAAGAAGUACAUGAUCUUUCACGAGGGCGGCGGUUGGUGUUCUCAUGGAUUAGCCUGCUAUCGCCGUUCUAACAAGCGCCUUGGAAGCAGCGUAAAUGAUUCAGAGACCAUGGACAUGUCAGUUGCUGACCACAUCAAGUUCUCGCGAAAUCCCCAGCAGAAUCCUUUGAUGUAUGACUGGAACCAUAUCUUCGUCCGAUACUGCGACGGUGGUUUCUAUGCAGGUGACAGGGCAGAGCCUGUCACGGUUUUUGGGAAGAAGCUCUACUCCUGGGGCAAGCACAUCACUGAGGCGCUCUUCAUAGACAUCGCGGGGCUUGAGUCUAGCACAGAUGUGGUUUUGGGCGGCUGCAGUGCUGGUGCCAUGCACAUUUAUGCACACCUAGAUGCACUCAAAAAGCUGGUCCCCGGGAAUGCACGCGUCGUAGGCCUCGCGGACUCUGGCUUUUUCCUGGACGAGGAGUGGAUAACUCCACGCCUUAACGGUGCGGUCUAUGCCCAUGAAGGGGAAAGCCUUCUCCCACCUCAGUGCCUGAGCGACUACGCAGGCCGAGCGGGGAUGUGCCUCCUGGGUCCGGUUGCCAUGAAGUAUCUGCAGACGCCGAUUUUCGCGUUGCAGAGCCGCUUCGAUGGGGCGAGGCAUAAGAAUGUUCCAGCAUGCACAGACGACAUCUGCACGCAGGCAUAUAUCACGAAGUUUGCAGCAUCAAUCGCCAGCAGCUUUGAGAAGAACAAGGGCGGCUACUUCCUUGACAGCUGCCAACACCAUUGCUUCUAUGCCCAGUGGCAGGCCUUGCCAGCAAGACCCCUGGACGACAUCAGCGGCUUGACACCCCUUCAAGCUUUUGCCUCGUGGUACGGUGGUGGUGAAUCACAGUACAGCCAGGCUGCCGUUGUGGAGUGUGCAGAGUGUUGCAACGGUACACUUCCUAUUCAAUAG